AUGACGUACUUUCCCACUGGAGGUGAAAAAAAUCAAAUACUUAAACCAACUACCAGGCAAAACAUACAUACACCAACGAGAUUGAAACAAGUCAUCACCAAUGGUACGAACCUGGCUGAUCAAGAUCUAGAUCUUUUGGCGCAACAGCUCAAUGUUUCACCCAUCAACAAACCUAUCUCAUCUGUUACUUCUUUGAAAUCGAAAUUCGGCUCCCCUUCAGCAACGGUGUCGUCGUUUAAAUUGACUCCCAAGUCUUCUACAAGUAGCAACACGUCAAAUAAAGAGCAAGGAGUGGCUGUUGGCGAUGAAACACCUACUUGGGCUCGCAAGAACUACAAGGAACUAUUGAAUAAAUCACCAGUGAGAUCCACCCCAAAGUUGCAACAACAAUCACCUGGCUUUGAUUUUGGGUCGAGAAAGGCCGGAUACACAUCGCCCAGUAAUAACUCAUCCAAGAGCUCUCCUGGUUACGAGUACCUUUGCAGGGUGGAAGCAAUAAGACAAUGGUUAGAAGAAGUUUUAUGCGAGCAGAUUCUGCAAUCCCCAGUUGAACUCAUUUCGUACAUCAGAAAUGGAAUUUAUCUUGCCAAAUUAGCCAAUGUCAUUUUGCCCACACAAAGGAAUGUGUUUCUGGACGAUAAAAAGCUUCAAUUCAGACACACCGAGAAUAUAAACCGGUUCUUUCAUUUGCUAGAUUUCCUAAACGUGCCAGAUUUAUUCCGAUUCGAACUCACUGAUUUGUACGAUGCAAAAAAUGUGCCAAAAGUAUGGUUCUGCUUACACGCAUUGAGCUACAUUUUGAAUAAAAGCGACCAUCGCUAUCCUAAAAUGAAUGAUUUAAUGAAAAAGAUUGAGUUUGAGGGUGAUGAUAUAAUCGCAGCAAAUAAGGCAUUGUUGACUGCCCCUUUACCCAACUUUACAAGUGCCGAUUCUGGAAACACCAGCGAGGAUUCACGGUACAUGAAUAACAUGUUAUCUCCUGCAAAAGCCAAAUUGGAGAAAUUAAGUCCAAAUCCAUUUAUUGAGGAAAAGAAGCCAGACUUGACACCACCUGCUAUGUUUGAGAUUAAAACACCAGCACCAACAUUUGAAACAAAACAGCAAAAGCCAAGUCAAUCCACAUUUCAAAGCACAAAGUCAGACCGACUCAAUCACGAUGGGUUGGAAGAAAACUAUGUACACAUUAUCAAGUUACAGUCGUUGGCAAGAGGUGCAAACUUUAGGUACUCAAUGUUUGUUGACAAGAUCAUGCUCAAGUCCUACGAAGAUGACAUAGUGCGUCUUUGCUCAAUCAUUCGUGGAAACUUAUCUAGAUCCAAGACCAUUCACAGGCAUAGAGACGAAUUGAGGGCAUUCAGCUAUGAGAUUGUCGAAUUGCAAUCGUUAAUAAGAAGAAAAAUUGCAACUGCUAAUAGGUUCCAACUACAAGACGGAGAAAUGAACCAUUUUCAGAGUAUAAUCAGGGGCAAAGUUGUGAGAGAAAGAGUGGAGGCAACGAAAUAUGCAUUUUCCACUAUGCAAUCAAGCAUAACUCAACUUCAAUCGCUAAUCAAGAUGCGUUUUGUGUACAGUAGAGUGAAAGUACUUGUUUUGUAUAAGGACGAGAUAUUGCCUCCAAUUACAGAACUACAAGCUCUUUGCCGCAGCAAGUUGUACAAAAAGUUUUCAAGCUCACGUUCUGUUGAUUCUCCCAUAAUAAUUGAGUUGCAAUCAUUAAUCAGAAGAGAUGCUGUAAUUCAUGAGAUUAACCGGAAGCACAUGAUUGUGCGAUCCGCAAAGAAAAAGUUGGUUGAACUACAAAGUAUUGCUCGUGCAGGUGUUGCGCGCUCGCGGUUGUGCAAUAAUGUGCUCAUUACUUUGAUAAAUGAGGACGAUACUUUGAGCAACCUUUCGGCCUUUUAUCGUGGAGAAAAAGUGAGAAGUUCGAUUCAAAGAACUAAAGCAGAGUUGAAUAUGUUGGAGCACUCUUCCAUAAUUCCUGUCCAAACAUUGUUUAGAGGAGUUCUCGGCAGAUUCAAUUAUGAAAUUAUCUUGGAUGAACUUUACGAGCAUGUGGGCUCGGUCAUGGCACUCCAGGCCAAAAUACGUGCAAAUACGGUGAAGCAUAAAUUCAAUAAUAUCGUACACUAUUACGAGCUUCGCAUAGAACUGGUAAUUAAAGCUCAGGCCAUGAUUCGUAAAUGUUUGGCCCAGUAUGCAUACAAGUCGCUCAUAACUAGUCCAAAUCCGUCAUUGGUGGUCUUAAGACAAUUUGCUCACCUUCUAUCUAACAGCGAUGGUGAUUUUGAACAGGAGGUUCAAUUGUCAAGGGUUAAAGAUUUACUUAUUGAAAAGUCGAAAAACAAUGAAAAAUUGGAAGGUCAAAUUGAAAGCAUUGACUUGAAGUUGAGUCUUUUGCAUAAAAACAAAAUCACUGUUGAAGAGUUUACAAAGUUUAAAGGACCAAACGAACGUAGGGUCCAAACCAACGAAAUACCAACAAACUUGAACAUUUUGAGUAAAGCUGCCAGAGCCAAAGUUGAGUUAUAUCUGACCUUAUUUUAUCAUCUUCAAACAAAAAGUAAAUACUUGGCAAAUGUAUAUAAAGCCAAGGACUAUGUGUUGAAGAGUUCUGAAUCGUAUCAAACGUUGCUAGCCAACACAUUCCAGUUGUUCCCUAUAAUCGAGCCAUCAAUCAGUCGGCAUACAAGGGAAGAGUAUUACUAUAUGAAAUUAGUGCUAGUGAUUAUGCAAAACGACAUUGCAAAAUCACAAACUGUGACCGACAUCACCAAAUCUCAGUUUACUCACUGGACCGAGUUUGUCACCCAUUUUAAUAAUCUCACGUAUCAAAGACAACAUUUGAAAUUAUUGGCUGGGAAGUUUGUACACAAAAUCCUUGACUAUGAUGAACUAGACUUUGAAAGUGACCCUACCAUUAUUCACUCUCAAGUUGUGCCACGCGAGCAUACAGUGAAAUCUGAAGUUAGCCCACAAGAUGCGAUUAAAGUGCCUGAAGUGUCAUCGCGUUUUGUGAGUAACCUUAUGGGUUUACGUGAAUAUUGCUCGGAAGUGAUGAAACUUAUUGAAAGCAACAUUUCGCGCACACCAGUACACAUGAGACUCAUUUGCCGUGAAGCGUACCAACUUGCUCGUUCACUCUUUCCUGCACAACUGGAUCAGCAGCAUUUGGCUGUUGCUGGUGUCUGUUUCUGGAAAUACUACUUUGGGGUGAUUAUUCUGUUUCCAGAGAAUUAUGGAAUCAACUCCAGAAAUUACUUGAAGGGACAAGGAAAUUUGCGCCACUUGCAUAGGGUGAUGCUUCAGUUAUUUAGCAUGAGGCCCUUUACCAACAACUUUUUGAAGCCACUUAAUGAUUACCUUGAGUCUAGUGUUGACUCCAUUCAAUCGAUUGUGCGUGGGAUCAUUGACAUUGAGGACAUUGAUGAGGUGUACAAAUGUGGCAACAUUAAUGACAUGGUUGCAGAAGCGCCUAAGCUAACUAUGAAAACUAACUCAAUGAUAUUUCUCGAAAAAGUUACUUUAUCCAGUAUUGAUGUAAUGCUGGGGUCUACCGAUGACCCGUUGCUUAAAGUGGCCCAAAAGUUGGAAAGCUUAACCACUCUGUCGACUGACUUGGUGGCUAUGACUGAUUUGUCUAGCAUAACCAUUAUAUUGAACCGAAACGUGCAUGAUGAAUCACUUGCCGACUCAAAAACAAAAGUUUUAUUCACCCAAGCAAAACGCUGUAUGUUAUACAUAAUGCGGGUGCAAGGGGGCGAUGAUUUGUUAGAGCUACUCAUUUCUGGCAUCAAAGCUUCACACGAGCAAAAGUUUAGAGAGAUAGUGGCACUGGAAAAAGAAGAUUCAAUGUCGACCACAAAAAUGUACUACAAAACAUCACUUGGUGACUUAGACAAGAUGUCAUACCAUGACCUAAAGCGAAUGUGUCUUGAAUCGCUAUUGAAGCUAGAGGCUAUGGGAGAAGUCACAAGAAAAAAUUCGUUCCAAGAGUUGUUGAAUCAGAUUGCAAUAGAUAUCAAGAGCAAAAAUAUUCAAAGGAAGAGACGGGUACAGCAACUAGAAGUUUCCGAUCAGACAGUGAAGAAAUUGUCCGAGAAAGAAAGGUUUUUGCGCCAACAGUUGAACGAGUAUAAUCGCCAUGUGGAGAGUAUUCUUGCUGACUCGCAGUUGAAACCAAAGGACAAGAAAAUCUUUAGCAUCAUACCCGUGUUUAGUAAACAAUACUUUUAUAAUCGUGAAUUGAGAAAGAGGAACAGACUACCUGAAUUUGGAUCUUACAAGUUAUCAGCUAAAAAACUCAAAGACCAAAAGAUUUUAUUAAAGACGUCACUGAGCUUGAUUGACAGUUCUAAAAUGGAUUUUACGUUCAGUUGUUACCAAGUGGGAAAAUUCACAGUUGAGGCCUCCAAGAACUUGGUAGUCGUUGGUGGAGCUAGUAGCGUGAUUACGUUGGACGAUUUAUUGGCGCUUCAAUAUGAGCAAAAGAAGACGUUUACAUUGUUUGAUGACAACGCCACGUUUGAUGCAAACAAUUUCAUUGCGUUUAUAUUUAAGAAAUUCUAUGAUGUUAAGGGGGAGUAG